AUGGCGGAGCUGAGCGAGCGGCCCAUGACGCCUCUCCCGUACCAGAAGAUCGCCGUGCUCGUCAUGGUCUUCCUCGGCGACUCGCUCUGCAUGAGCGUCGUGCUGCCCUUCGUGCCGUUCAUGGUCAAGACCUACCUGGGCCUCCCGCCGGACCAGGACUACCUCGUGGGCUACUACGCCGGCGCCGUCGCCGGCGCCUACAUCGCGGGCCAGCUCUGCACGGCGCCGCUCUGGGGCGCGCUGAGCGACCGCGUCGGCCGGCGGCCCGUCAUGCUCGCGUGCCUCUUCCUCUCCGCGGCGUGCCUGCUCGCCUUCGGCGCGGCGCCGGACCUGCGGUUCGCGCUCGUCGCGCGCUUCGCCCACGGCCUCUGCAGCGGCAACGUCGUCGUGGCCAAGUCGAUGAUGGCGGACCUCACGGACGAGACGAACGAGGCGGACGCGUUCGUCUACGUGGGCGCGACGUUCGGCGCGGGCGCCAUGCUCGGGCCGCUGAUCGGCGGCGCGCUCUGCGAGCCGGCGACGAAGUACGCGGGGCUGCCGCUGAUGGCGCUCUGGGCCGAGCGGCCCUAUCUGCUGCCCUGCGCGGUCGUCGCGGCGGUGACGUUGCUGGACCUCGCGGCCGCGGCGGUGCUGCUGGAAGAGUCGAAGCCGGAGACGCCGGACGCGCCGGCGGACGGCGUCUCCGACGCGGCGGCGGACGCGGGCGUGCGCGAGCUCCUGCGGGACCCGGGGUCGCCGUUCCGGGCCGUCUGCGCGUCGUUCGUGCUCUUCGGCCUGUGCUUCAUGGCGUUCCAGGAGGUGUUCCCGGUCUUCGGCCGCGCGCCCGUCGCCGAGGGCGGCCUGGGCCUCGACUCGACGUCCGUGGGCGUCCUGCAGGCCGCGGCGGGCGCGGCGACGCUCGCGGGCGUCGUCGCGGUCUACCCGCCGCUCGCGCGGCGCGUCGGCGUCCCGGGCGCGUACGCGUGCGCGCUCCUGACGUGCGCGGCCGCGGCCUACCCGGCGCCGCCGCUCCUCGCCUACGCGUCGGCCGGCGACACGCCCUGGCUCGCCCUGGCGGCGGCGAACGGCGCGGUGUCGCUCGCGACGGAGGUGUCCUUCACGUCGCUGAACCUCAUGCUGAAGCGAUCCGCGCCGCCGAAUCUCGUCGGCGCGGCCAUCGGCGCGGGGUCGUCGCUGGGCAUGCUCGGCCUGGCCUUCGGGCCCGUCUUCGGGGGGUCGCUCUUCGCGGCGUCGUCGGACCCGGCCGCGCGGCUGCCGCCGGCGCUCGCGCAGGGCCGCCUCUUCUUCCUGGCGAUCUCGCUCGUCGCGCUCGCGAACGCGGGCCUCGUCGCGAACCUCCCGUCCUGGCCCGCGGAGCCGGGGGCCGUCUGGCGCCGGGCGGGCGGCGGCUACGCGAAGGUCGACGCGAACGACGCCGCCUAG